GUUCGGCCGCACCGUCCCCUGGUGUAGCGGCUUCCCCUUCAACACGGGCCUGCGGCACCCACAAUAUCUUGGGGUGGUCCUCACGCUCUUCGGUGCGCUGCCGAUCGUUGUCACCAGGGAGCUCACGCAGUUGGGCCUGCCGCACUUGGUCGUUGUUUGGGGCUCCAUGUACGCU